GGUUCUGAAUUGGCAUUUUGUAUAACAUGGGUAAAUACUUCUGGGCAGAAUGGUUCAAAAUCCUGUGACACCCAUUUCUGAUAACAAUUGGAAUGUGGGAAUUGCCAAUUUGUUGUACUCAUCUACUAUCCCAUUGAAAUGUCGGUAUUUUUAUAAUAAAGGGACGCAGAGACUACCGACACACUUGGUUCGUUUAAAAUUGCAACUAGCUACUUCUUUGAAAAAAUAAAGUAAACAUACAAGCACGUGAAAACAAAUUAACAUAACAAUACAGAAGAUGAACUGGCCAAUCACAUUAAUAAGAAAACAAUACUAUAAAACAUAUAUACAGCAUCAACCAAUCAAAGUGAGUCUUGAACUCCUGCAACUCAUUUUGCUGCACGCACUCUCUUACUCUCCGAAAAUUGUACGCCAAUAUUCAGUUUUGUCAACUCCGUGUCGUUGUGUCAUAAAAAUGACCUGAGGACAAAACACACCUUUUUUGUCAGAAACUUUGGGAGAAAGUUAAGGGGAAACCUUGUUUUUUGCAAGUGUCGCAGAAAUAAUAAUGUGGGAAAAGGAACUCAAAGUUUUGAUGCAUUUUAAGAUUUUUCAAAACAGUUCCAAUCAAUCAGUCAAUCAAUCAAAAAGUUCGUAACAAUAAGAUGGCCUUGGGCAUAGAAAAAGCCUGGAAGAAGUAGCAUUUUUAAAGAAAAAACAAACAGAAGACCCAUCUUCCUGAAAUGAUUAAAAUUUAAUGAUAUCAUCGUAUAAGAAAUCACAGUUGACAAUUUAAAACAUUCAGUUUUCACUUCACUGUUCUCGUUCAAAUUAAUUUUUCAUACUAUCAUGAGAUUUAAAUGAAGAACGAAGAAAACCUAAAAAGUUAAGUUGAUUUUGUACACAAACAUCUACCCUAAAAGAAUGGAAGGGAAGUAUCUCAAUCUAGAUACAGGUAGCCAAAGCAAAGCCACAUCUCGUAGAAGCACGGGUGGUAAAAGAAUGGAGAUGAUGGUGGAGAAGCAAAUUGAGGAGUUGAUGGGAAGUUUGGAUCUGACGCCGCUUCAAGUAGAAGAAGUUCAGACGUGUUUCGACCUUUUUGAUUUGCACGGUAGUGGAGCUAUCACUGGUAUCGAGUUGCAAAAAGUUGCGCAGAGUGUGGGAAGAGAACUGACAGAAGAAGACGUAACUGAAAUCAUAGCAGAAGUAGACGAAAGCGGCAAAGGAGAGAUUGAUUUCAUAGAUUUCUUGACAGUUAUGGGAAAAACAAUGAAAGAACCACUGCAAGAGGCUGACAUAGAAUAUGUGUUCAAUACAUUCGACCAAAAUAACGACACUUUUAUAUCACCUGAAGAUAUGCAUCUAACCUUUUUGACAAUGGGUGUCGAUCUCACGCGUGGGGAAGUGAAUGCAAUGUUCGAAGAGCAUGACAAAGAUAGGGACGGACUAAUUGACUUUAAUGAAUUUCAAGAUAUUGUUAAAGCUGUGCAUGCUGGGUUGUCUUCCUGUCCUCCUGAGAGUACAAGUAGUGCGAAUUUAAAGAGUUAAGUGUAGAAAUGUAAAUAUAAAAACAAAAUUUAUGCAAAAAAUAGUAUCUUAUUAUCGUCAUCUCC